UCCACUUGUGGAGCUGUAGAGGAGUAUGUCUGAAGCUCCCACCGGGAACACUGCUCAGUACUUUUACCUCCAUGGGUUUGUGUAAGACUGCACCUUGUUAAGAAGUGUUUUCGAGACGACCUGGCACUCAAGUUUAGUACCCCAUGAAGUGGCCUGGAGUGGGUCAGUCCAGCAGGUCAGUGCACUCGGUGUGUGGGAAGCAAAAGAGAGCCAUGAGCACUCUGGGUCGGUCCAAGGACAAAACCUGGGGGGUCGCCUUCAGACCGGGCAUGGAGGUGGCCACCCUCCGGAGCGCCUGGGAGGAGAGAAGGCUCCUGAACAGAUUCAACCGCAAGUUAACCCGUUGGUUCGAAUCCCCCCGUUUGUCCACCGCCUCCAUCAGUAGUAAUGAGCGGGCACCCUCCGCCACGCCCUCCGACUGCUCCGACUUCCCCUCCGCUGGCCAGCGCCCCGUGAGCCUGGUCUCCACCUUGUCCUCGGGGUCCGGUUCGUCCCGGGACGACAGCCCCGCUCCGCCUCCACCUGGCGGCACCGUGCCCCCUACCGGAGACGACAUCGACUUGGAGCUGAAUCCUCCGGUUGACGUCGGCGAUCAGGACCGCCAGCACCCCGAUACGGCGGACCCUUCUGGGGAAGGACUGGUCUCUCGUGGCGGGAAGUUCGACCAGUUUAACAACAACACUGCCACGCCCUCGCGGGCUGCCAGCACCCGCCACACGCCCCCGUUAUCGCCCUUCGCAGCCAUAACUAUGGCGCCCAACCCCAAGAUCACCUACUUGGACCGGGUGGUCAUGGAGAUCAUCGAGACGGAGCGUAUGUACGUGAGGGAUCUGCGCAGCAUCGUGGAGGACUACCUGGCCCACAUCAUCGACCAGGCAGACCUACCCAUUAGACCAGAACAGGUGUGUGCCCUGUUUGGAAACAUCGAGGACAUCUACGAGUUCAACAGUGAACUGUUGCAGUCCUUAGAUAUGUGUGACAACGACCCUGUUGCCAUCGCUAGGUGCUUCGUCAUGAAGAGAGAGUAUUUUGAGAUCUAUACACAGUACUGUACCAACUACCCAAAUUCUGUGGCUGCUCUGACAGACUGCAUGAGGAACAAAUCCUUGGCCAAGUUGUUCCGGGAGCGGCAGGCCUCUCUGAAACGCUCCCUUCCCCUGGGCUCCUACCUGCUCAAGCCUGUACAGAGGAUCCUCAAGUACCACCUACUGCUUCAGGAGAUAGCCAAGCACUUUGACCCAGAAGAGGAGGGCUAUGAGGUAGUGGAGGAAGCCAUCUACACCAUGACAGGCGUGGCCUGGUACAUCAACGACAUGAAGAGGAAGCACGAGCACGCCGUUCGACUGCAGGAGGUCCAGUCUUUGCUGAUCAACUGGAAAGGACCGGACCUGACCACGUACGGGGAACUGGUCCUGGAGGGCACCUUCAAGGUCCACCGGGCCAAGAACGAGCGCACACUCUUCCUCUUCGACCGCAUGCUCCUCAUCACCAGGCGCCGAGGAGAGCACUACGUCUUCAAGACCCUCAUCUCGUGUUCCACCCUCAUGCUAAUCGAGAGUGCCAAGGACUCUCUAAGCUUCAGCGUCACUCACUACAAGCACCCCAAGCAGCCCCACACAGUGCAGGCCAAGACUGUGGAAGAGAGGAAACUAUGGGCCCAUCACAUCAAAAGGAUCAUUCUAGAAAACCAUCAAGCCAUCAUCCCUCAGAAGGCAAAGGAGGCCAUCUUAGAAAUGGACUCGAUUUACCCAUCAAAGUUCCGGUACAGUCCAGAGAGAAUGAAAAAGGCCAUUUCCUGCAUAUCAGACGAGUUUCCCAGAGAAGGUCGUCAGGGGCGACGGCAGUCAGAACCGACCAAACAGAUCCUGAAGAACACCAAAGCCGUCCUCAAGCACGCAGACAGCGAAGGGGCCCUACCAGACGACCCGCGCUCCAUUCAGGCAGCCGCUAGUGUCAGCACCCUGGGCUCGAGCCUAGGCGAGUCCGAGGCUGAGAGGCCUAGUGUGGAGGAGGAAGAAGAGGAGGAGGAUAUGGGCCUUAGGAAGAACUCUCUUGAGAGGCUAAGCCCCAGUGACAUUGAGGAGCCGAGGACAGGGUCAGCAUCCCACAAGGGCAGGGCGACUCUGGGGGAGGAAUGUGACUCGGAUGAUAUUCUGAUGGAGGAAGACCAGGUAGAGGACUUUGCCAGUUCCAUGCUGGCCGCCAUCUCCUGCUGGCACUAUAGAGCCAGGGCUUUGCUUUCCAUGGGGGUCACAACGGAUGAAGAGGGAGACGAUGUAAUUGAGGAGAAUGGGUCUUACAAAGAGAAUGGGAUUUCAUCUGGUCCUGUGUUACAGUCAGAGACAGAGCAAAGCACCUCCAUCGUGGAAAAGGCUCCUCAGGACAAGCCGCUGCUCCAGACCAAGACCUCUGCCUCGGAGUCCACUGAAAGGCUUAAGCCAGCUCCCUCGGACCCAGAGAAUGCUUCUGCCACUCCCCCCAAGGUCUGCACCACUCCCCCCAAGGUCUGCACCACUCCCCCCAAGGUCUGCACCACUCCCACCAAGGUCUGCACCACUCCCACCAAGGUCUGCACCACUCCCACCAAGGUCUGCACCACUCCCACCAAGGUCUGCACCACUCCCCCCAGGAUGGAGGUACCAGAGACCCAGAGUGACAAGGAGGAUGCGAUGGAGGAACAGACCGGGGCGUCAUCAGCAUCUCAGUCAGAUGACAUAAAAACAUUGAGCAGUGCAGAAUCUUCAGAAGAAGAGGAGGAAGAGGAAGUAGCAGCAGCACAGGAGAGCGGGCCCAGCAGCAUUCUACCUCCCUCCGUACUGAAUCAAGCCAGUGCCAUCGCGGAGCACUUCACCAACACCGCCAGGCGAGGCAGCACGGAUGAUGCCCGCUCCCUUGGCUGCCCCUCGCCACGCCUUCCCAGCCGGACUGGCAGCACCCUCAGCCUUGGCGGCGAAGCCAAUGAACGCCCCCACUGGCUGAACAGCGCCUGCUUCGAACCAACCCAGGACAACUUUGGCGGAACGGAUCUGACUAUGCUUUCUCCGAGGGAUGACAGCCUCUUUGAGAUCCACAGGAGGAGAGACUCUACCCUAUCCAAGCAGGACCAGUUGCUCAUUGACAAAAUCAAAAGCUACUACGAGACUGCCGAGCACCAGGAUGCCAACUUCAGCCUCAGGCGCAGGGAGAGCCUGACCUACAUCCCUACUGGCCUUGUCAAGAACUCUGUCAGCUGGUUCAACAGUUCGGACGAGAGCCCUGGCGCAGAGAAAAGUGAUACAUCAGCCGUGGCCACUUCCUCUGCACCUCACCCUUCCACUUCAGAACCUGAUUCAUCCAAGGCUCCAAAUGUCUGGGACUGCAUGACCUCCAGUGCAUCAUUUGACUCACUGGAGCUGGAGAGAAGUAAGAAGCCUGAGGUGGUGGGUUCAGAGGCAGAGAGAAAGGACCGGUCUCAGGGUUUACAGGAGAGGCACAUCCAGGACGAGGAGUUCCGACCUUCAUCUGAGAUGAUCAAGGUUUGGCAGGACAUGGAGAAAAAAGGGAGCAGAUCCCAGGGAGAGGCCAGAGGCCCUGUGAAAGACAGCAAGGCUCAACAGAAGACCUCUAGAGUCGCUGGUCCAAGCCUGUGCAGAAGGAGCCAGACUCCAAAGAAGAACUCUGAAUUGGAGCCUGACGAUUCCUUUAUGAUACUGGAGGAAGCUGACCUGAGCACCAUCACUGAAGAGUCCAUGAGCCCUUCGCCCAUCAAGAGCAAGGUGUUUGGGCUUGGCCGUACAGCGAGUGUGAGGGAUCCCCGCAGAUCCAGGGUUGACGAGGGUAGGCUUUCCAGAGCUCCUUUGCCCAGGGUCAUCCAGUUGAGGGCUGAGGAAGGGGAGGAGGCCAGCAAGGAGCCUCAGUCGCCGGACGAUGCGGAGAUGGCUAAGAACAAAGUUUUCCAGUUGGCCCGGCAGUACAGCCAGCGUAUCAAGUGCACCACACCAGCUCCUAGGCAGCGAGAUGUCCUGUUUGGAAAGAAGAAUCUGCCCUGUGUGAUCGAAGAGAAGCCAGAGAGCUCAGGUAAACCCAACUUGACGCUGCCCCUGCUCUCGUUUGAUCGUAUGAGCACUCUCCAGGAGUUGAGUCCUAUAGCCAUAUCUCCCAACCCUGCUCACAUGCCUAGCUCUUUGGGCAGUCCCCGGGUCCUUUCACCCGGCCGCAUGUCCGCCAAGAGCCCACUCAAUCCUACGCCUACCGAGGCUUUUAACUGGCCCGACGUGCGGACACUUCGCUGCAAGUAUGCCAGCUCGGACAAAGAUCAGGCCCAGCUGCCACCAGUUAACCGAAGCCGUUCAGUUCCUGAGAGAAUGGACAGCGGCCCCAAAAGGCGCUCAAGCUUCUGCUCCAGCUUAGUCACUGCUUCUGGUACAGUCGAGGCUCCGGCAUACAGACCCCACCUCAGCAGGGACCCUGGACCUGGAGAGGGGUUGGCUAGGCUCCACAGGGCCGGGUCACUGGACCAGAGGCUGAGUGGGCUGCAUCUGAGUGAGCUGCAGAACCUCCAGGAUGAAGUCCCUAAUGACAGUUACUACAUCUCAGCACAGGCCACCAUGCCCAAUGACCACAGGGUCGUUGUUGUGGAGAAGGUUCCGGAGCCUGAGACAGAAUCCAGCUCUGCAGAACCACUGGAGAUGGUACUCAGGGCAAGGAGAGUAGAGGUGGUAGAGGACAUAGAUAGCUAUGUCCAGAUCCGUUCACCGACCACUAGAGAGAAAAUCUCCAUCAUGGCUGUGAUCGACCGCUGCCGGGCCUAUCAGGAGUCAGAUGAGUAUAGGCAACGGGAGGAGGGCGGGGCUAAGGCAGAGUCAGUACCCUUGAGUGGGAGGGGCAAGGAACUUGACAAGGGUCCACCCUCAAAUGAAAUGCUUGACGAUGCCCAGAAAACUGCUAUGAACUUGGUCAAAAAGACAGAUGCUAGUCAACAGAACGUGGUGAAAAACUUGAGACAAAAAUUCCUUAACUUGAGGUGAAUAGCACCAGUAAACUUUAAGUAACCUUUUAUUCUGUUCAUAUUUUUCAUCAACUAAAGGGUUUAAGAGCCUGGUAUGCUGAUCUCAAGUUAGGAUUCGGUGUGCAUGUUGGUCAGUCCUGUACUGCAAUGUAAUGACUUAAGCUUUGCUGUCAAACUUUCUGUGUACAUAGAAGCGGUUAUAGUGACAGCCCAGGGAAAAUGUAGUUGUUUUGUCUCAAAUGUUGCAUAGAAAUGUUUAAAUAUCUAUGUACAAUACUCAAGAGAACCCUCUCUUGAUCCUGAAAUUAUGUCUGUCUAAAGCACCUUUUGUAUAGCUUGUGUUGUUCCAUCAUAAGGCAAUUGUAUUGCAUAAUUGAAGAAAUCAAUUCUUUGGAGGGAGCGAAAUGUACUUAGUUUUCUUUCUAGGGUGGCUACCCACUGGGCACAGAUGUCACUUCAACGUCUAGUUUUGAUUUACAUUUGAUUGACUUGUCAACUAACGUAAAUUCAUAGUAAAACCAACAAACAUUUUGACCAUCAUUGGGUUUAGGUUAAAAGUUGGGUGAAAAAAAGACAAAUUACCUAAAUUCCUUUAUGUCAAUGACCAUGUUGAUUCAAUGUCUUUAUAUUGAAUUGUUUUGUUGAAAUGACAUGGAAACAACAUUGAUUCAACCAGUUUGGGCCCAGUGGCUACUGUGUCUCUGACAUGAAAUGAGAGCCCCUCAGCAUCAUAGCAGCACUACUGUUUACUGGAAAACACAGAAAUAUAUGAUAUUGUCUGACGACAAUAGUUUUGGGGGGAAAUGCUGACUAGAAAAUUAAGGGAUUGAGUCUGAAACUUGAGAGCAUUACAUAAUUUGCUGUCUUUACGAUCCUUCCUUGAACUCUCACCCUGCACUAGACUUAACCUUCACUGCACAUGGCCUGACCACUAAAAUGCACAUGAGAGAGUCAUGGCCAUACUGGGAUAUAAUGGUUCAUUAAUUGCCCUGUGACCACUUUGUAAAUCCCACCUGAAGUGGUGAUAGCUCAAGGUUUGUCUUGUAAUUUUAUAUAAUCAUUGAAUUGUCAAAUGGAUUGAGAAUCAAAGACCCUGUAUGGAGUGUUGCUCUUUUCUAGUCAGUCAACUUCUUACCUUGAUUAUAUAUAUAUUAUUGUUCAGUUAAUUGGCUAAUGAUGUGCACUUUGUAUGUGUUCUCUGCUUCGGCUGCCCAAAGGAACUUCAUUCACAGCAACAGGUCAUUGAAAUGAGUCGACGUAAAACUUGAAAGAGUGAGAACUAGUGUACACGUAUAGAUCCAGGGGACCCUAGUCAAAGGGGUCUAGGUCUUCUACUGCUAAAAAGUGUUACUGUCACUGCUCACUACUCCAAGGGUCAUUCCUUCUCUUCACUUUCUACAUUUACCUCUUAUUUAUUAAGCCAACGUCAAUUUUAUGAACAUUACUUGUCUUGUCUUUAUAUAUUUGUGAGUGUGUGUGUAUGUGUAUAUAUAUAUAUAUAUAUAUAUACACACAUACACACACACAAAUAUAUAUACAUGUGUAUAUAUGUAUGUGUAUGUUGUCUUGUAUGUUGACGGUUGUACAGAAACGUUUGUGUUGCCUAGAGAUGGCAUACAUUCCAUAUUAAAACAGCACAUAAUGCUCA